UUUUGCGCAUGCGCAGAUUCUGUGCGCAUACAUCGGCCGGUGCAGAAGGGACAACGUGAUAAGCAUUGGUCUUGUGAGCGGAGUCUGCCCUCAACGUGAAGGAGUCAUGGCCCAAUUUGGGGGACAGAAGAAUCCGCCCUGGGCGACUCAAUUUACUACCACGGCGGUGUCCCAGCCAGGCCACUCAGGACAGUCUCUUGACCUCAACAGCCUGCACUCACUGGGGGUGCAGCAGCCAUCUAUUCUGGGAGCAUCUCCCUCUGUUUACUCUCAGCAGUCGGCCUUGGCUGCAGCCUCUCUCAGCAACCAGUCUGCUGCAAACUAUCAGCUGUCUCAGCAAACUGCUGCCCUGCAGCAGCAAGCUGCCGCAGCUGCCGCAGCCGCACUACAGCAGUCUCAGAUAAAUUCAGCUCUGCAGCAGUAUCAACAACAACAACAACAGCAGCAGCAGCAGCAGCAGCAGCAACCUCCACAGCAACCCCCUCAACAGCAACUGUACAAUGUACCUCAUCAGCUCCCACAGCCUCAGCAGGCACUGAUUUCUCAGCCCCCCGUCGCUCUGCCAACCAGUUUGAGCCUGUCCAACCCCCAGCAGACGGCCCAGAUUACUGUCUCCUACCCAACCCCGCGCUCUAGCCACCAACAACAGACGCAGCCACAGAAGCAGCGAGUCUUCACUGGAGUUGUCAACAAGCUACACGACACAUUUGGUUUUGUAGAUGAAGAUGUCUUUUUUCAGUUGAGUGCUGUGAAGGGGAAGACCCCCCAAGUUGGUGACAGGGUCCUUGUUGAAGCUGUGUACAACCCAAAUAUGCCCUUCAAGUGGAACGCACAGCGCAUCCAGACCUUACCUCAGCUAGCAAACCAGUCGCAUCAGCAGCCUCAGCCUUUACCUCAAGCUUCCCCACAGCUCGGCAGCCUCUACAAUGAGCCCGGGAUGCAGCUGCGCUACUCGGACGUACACUCCGGUCCAGACUGCCGACAAAAUACCCAGCCUCAACCUCCUAACAUGAUGAAAGCUGGCCCCAACAUGCUACAGUCUCUACCUCCCCCAACCACAUACAGUGUUCAGGCUCAGGCUCCCCCCCCUUCCCUCCUGCAGGCCCAGCUCUCUGCCGUCUCUCUGGCCCCCCUCCUUCAAAACCCUCCUCAGCCUCUGCUGCCACAGCCACCGCCCAAAGAUGUGUUCCCCGGCGGUUUGCUUCAGCCACCAGUGAGAAUGAUGCCACAGCCACAGCCUGUCCGACGUAUCGAACCUCCACCCCGCUUUCCCAGUCGCAAUGACCGAGGCCCCGAGCUCAUCCUAAGGUCUAAAGAAGAACGCAGCCGAGACAGAGACCGUGACAGACGGCGAUCAAGAGAGCGCUCACCUGCACGCAAACGCUCUCGAGAUCGCUCACCAAGGCGCGAUCGCUCACCAAGACGGCCACGUAGGGUCGUACCACGCUACACAGUCCAGUUUUCCAAAUUCAGCUUAAAUGGCUCCAGCUGUGACAUGAUGGAGCUGCGGCGGCGCUAUCAAAGCCUCUACAUUCCUAGUGACUUUUUCGAUGCGGUCUUCACCUGGGUGGAUGCCUUUCCUAUGACACGACCCUUCCAGUUUAAUAACGCUUGUAACUUCCACAUUUUGCACAAAGAAGUGGAUCCUUUUGUCAAGAACACCGCUGUCUUGGAUCCUCCGGAUGCCAACCACACUUAUAGUGCUAAGGUGAUGUUGCUUGCGAACCCUAGUAUAGAGGAGCUCUAUCACAAGUCCUGUGCUCUGGCAGAAGACACCCAAGAAAUGAGAGACGCCUUUCAACACCCUGCUAGACUCAUUAAGUUUUUGGUCGGAAUGAGAGGUAAAGAUGAGGCCAUGGCCAUUGGUGGUCACUGGUCUCCCUCUCUGGAUGGAGCUGACCCGGAGAAGGAUCCAUCAGUCCUCAUAAAGACAGCCAUACGCUGUUGCAAGGCACUCACAGGCAUAGACCUUAGUCUGUGCACUCAGUGGUAUCGUUUUGCAGAGAUUCGCUAUCAUCGGCCGGAGGAGACACACAAGGGGCGGACAGUCCCUUCUCAUGUGGAGACAGUGGUUUUGUUUCUUCCGGAUGUUUGGCAUUGUCUUCCUACCCGCUCAGAGUGGGAGGUGCUGUCACGGCGACUCCGGGAGCAGCUGGCUGAGAAGUUGUCGGCCGAGCGAAAGGAGGCAGAUGGAGAACAGGAGGAAGAGGAGAAGGAUGACGAUGAAUCAAAGGAUGUUAGUACACCUACUCACUGGGCGAAACUUGACCCGAAAUCAAUGAAGGUAAAUGACCUGCGGAAAGAGCUUGAUUGUCGCUGUCUAAGCUCUAAGGGGUUAAAAUCGCAGCUGAUCGCUCGGCUCACAAAGCAGCUAAAGGUGGAGGAGCAGGUGGAGGAGUCUAAGGAGCCUGAGAAACCAGAGAGCAAAGUUGCAGAGGAAGAGGAGCCGCCUCGUACUGAGGAAGACCGAGAGGAGGAGGAAAGGAAGAGGCUGGAGGAGCUUGAAAGGCAGAGGAGAGAACGGCGCUACAUCCUCCCAGACGAGCCCACCAUCAUCGUACAUCCUAACUGGGCUGCUAAAAAUGGCAAAUUUGACUGCAGUGUCAUGUCGCUGAGUGUGCUACUGGACUACAGGCUGGAAGACAACAAGGAACACUCUUUUGAAGUCUCUCUAUUUGCUGAGCUGUUUAAUGAGAUGCUGCAAAGAGACUUUGGGUACCGCAUAUACAAAACCCUUGCUGCUAUUCCUGCCAAGGAUGAUAAGAAGGAAAAGGAUAAGAAAGCCAAAAAAGAGACGGAGAAGAAAGAGGCUGAGAAGAGGGAAAUGAAGAAGGAAAAAGAAGAGGAGAAUGAAGAACCAACACCCAAGAAGACCAAAGAAGAUGAGGAUGACAGGAGGAAGUAUGAUGAAAAAACUGUGAAAAAAGAGGAGUCUCGUGAUGAAGAGGAGAAUGAGGAUGAUGGCAGCACAGCUAAUGCAGAAGAGUACGACCCCAUGGAGGCCGAGGAUGCAGAGGACGAUGAUGAUGAUGACAAGGACGACGAUGACUCUAAUGACAGAGACAGGAAAGACCGCAAAGACGACCGCAAGUCAUCCAAGGAGAGGUCCUCUAAAGACAAGGAAAAGAAGCAGAUGUUCACACACAAUAAAGAGCUGCUGAUGGCGUUCGUCUACUUUGACCAGAGCCAUUGUGGCUAUUUACUGGAGAGAGACCUGGAGGAGAUCUUGUACACACUGGGACUUCACCUGUCUCGUGCUCAGAUAAAGAAGUUGUUGAACAAACCGGUGGUCAGAGAGUCUUGUUACUACCGCAAAUUGACAGACAGCGGAAAAGAUGAACCCAUUCCAACCUUUAAUGAAGCCCACAUAGAAAACCUCAUAGGAAACCGGGGGUUGCUCCCUGCUCUGAAGGCUCGUGUUCAGGCAGAGGCGAGCGAGUCUGGUAAUCUGAUCGUGUAUAACGGAGCCAUGGUCGACAUUGGCAGCAUGAUGCAGAAACUGGAGAAGAGUGAGAAGUCACGGGAAGAGAUAGAGCAAAAACUCAUGGUGCAGGAUGCCAAAAUGGGUGAAGAUGCUAAGGUUAUAACACAGUUGGAACAAGCAAACAAAGCUUUAUCGCAGGAACUGGAGGAGGUGAAAGGAACUCUGAGCCAAACCGAGCAGACUCUGAAGGGUGUGGACGAGCAGAAGACGUUCUACCACGGUCACCUUUCCAAAACGUGCAACACCUUGAUGUCCACCGUCAAAGGGCUGCUUGUUGUGUUGAAAAAGGAAGGGGAAGCAGACGAGCUUGGUGACGUGGAUCACGUUCGGUCGUCUCAAACGAACGGUGCGGAUGAAUGAGUGACACAUUUAAGAUAAAUGAAGAAAACCUGGGACACUGACUCUCUUAAUAUUGUAAAUAUUCACUUAAAAAUGCCUAGUUUGUUUAUUUGGACCUGUUGUCUCCUGAGUACAGUUAUUAUUUAAUUCAUUAAUUAGUUUCCAUGUGUUAGUUUGACGACUGUGUGUGUGUGCGUGUGUGUACAAUAGAUUUGUUAGUGAGGAGCUUUUCUUACCUUGAGUAAUUUUAACAUUGUCAAAGCUUUGAAAGGACUAUUUUCAUAGUUAAAGUAAAUUAUGUUUAUUUGCUUCUUUUUUUUGCCAUUGCUUUUUGCUUUUGUUAUGGCCAAUAAAAAGCCACGUUGUAGACUUAAAAUGCCAGUAUGUGCAGCUUUUUUUUGUUUUUGGUUUGUUAUUCUAAUGAGCAAUAAAUGAUGCUAUUUAUGUGUAAGAGAAUUCAUUAAAAAAUAUAUAUUUAAGAGAAGCUCAUUUCUGAAUGGAAACAGUUGGGAAAGGUUUCUAUUUUUGGGUCAGAGGAGGAGGAUUUUAGAAUAGUUCUCAUCCACUGUGUAAAAAUGACAACUGUGUUCAGUAAACACAUGGAGUUUGCAGUUGUACGUGGCUGAUUUAACCGGUUUCUGCUGUUUUUGUGUGUGUGUGUGUGUGUUUUAAACACAUGGCUAUGCAUGGUUCCCUUUCCUCUUGGACCUUUCUGCUGUCAGCACCACCUGAGUGUAACCAUCGACGGCUGCGCUGCCACUUACAGUGCUUCAUGUUUGACUGUGAUGAGCAUUUUUCCAAAAGAAAAAAAAGGAGACAACAUGUGAGCCAAAAAAAAAAAAGCUCAAUGAAUGUGAUUUUCUGCUGAAGGAAUCUUUGCUGCAGAAACAUGGACAUUAUGUGUGCUUGGGUCAGGUUGUUCUAGAAAAGAGCCACUUAUUGAAAUGUUCUCCAGAGCAGGUGGUUUUAUUUUUCUAUUGAAAAUGUAAACUAUGGAUGUCUUGUGGAACAGUAAAGUGGUCCAUUUUAA